CGCUGGGUGAGGCAGGAUCCCCGCGGCACGUCUGGAGUGUGAGGGAACGAGCAGCUCCUCUCUGCAAAAGCGUUUUACAGCACCAGAUGAUAGUUACCAACAGUGAGCCCCGAGCUCAGGCGGCUUCACUGUACUCCUUUAGGAUCUGAUUUUUUUUUUCCUUUGUUAAAGAAAAAUGCCUUCCUUGAGCGGAAAAGUGCAGACUGUCUUGGGCCCUGUGGAGCCAGACUGUCUUGGCUACACUCUGACUCAUGAACACUUGACUAUGAACUACAGCAGCUGCUUUUGUCCACCUUCUCCAGGCCAAGAGCCUUUGUCUAAUGGGCCCAUUGAGAUGAAGAACUUGUUUUGGAUUAAGCAAAAUCCCUACAGCCAUAAAGAAAACCUUCUUUUGUAUCAGGAAACAGACGCUGUGAGGGAGGAGCUGCUGCAUUUUAAAGCAGCAGGUGGUGGGACGAUUGUGGAAAACACAACUACAGGAAUUGGCCGGGAUAUAAAUACUUUGAAGAAACUUGCUGAAGAAACUGGAGUUCAUAUUAUUGCUGGUGCUGGUUUUUAUGUGGAUUCCACUCAUUCUUCUCAAACGCAGGCCAUGACAGUGGAGCAGCUGACAGAGAUUAUUGUUGAUGAGGUACUCAAAGGAGCAGAUGGGACUAAUAUCAAGUGUGGUGUGGUGGGAGAAAUAGGUUGCUCCUGGCCUUUGACUCCGAGUGAACACAGAGUGCUUCAGGCAACAGCACAGGCUCAGUCACAGCUCGGGUGCCCUAUUAUCAUCCAUCCUGGCAGGAACAGUGACUCCCCUUUCCAGAUUAUCCGCAUUCUGCAGGAAGCUGGGGCUGAUGCUUCAAAGACAGUCAUGUCUCACCUCGACAGGACCAUAUUUGAUAAGAAGAAACUUCUUGAAUUUGCUAAACUUGGAUGUUACUUAGAGUAUGACCUGUUUGGUACAGAAUUCCUUCAUUACCAGUUCCAUCCGGAUAUUGACAUGCCAAACGACAAUGAAAGAAUUGCAAGGAUUCGUAUGCUGAUUGAUGAAGGCUAUGAAGACAGAAUUCUGAUGGCUCAUGAUGUGCACACCAAGAACAGGUUGAUGAAAUAUGGAGGUCACGGAUAUUCGCAUAUCUUUAAAAAUAUAGUUCCUAAAAUGCUAAUUAGAGGCAUAUCCCAAGAUAAAAUUGAUAAAAUACUCCUAGCAAAUCCAAAGCGGUGGUUGACUUUUAAGUAGGAAUAAUGAAUAAAUAUGCCUGAUUUAUAAGGAAGCUUGAUAAAAUUCAGAUUUCAGUAGAACAGUUGUUAAAAAAAAAAUCUGAAAAACUGAAAAUUAUUAAGUAGAUGCAAACAAACUGAUUAUAACUUUUCUUUUUAAUUAGAACAUCAAAAUUGUGUACUAUCUCUACAUUUUCUCCCUUCUGAAAGUUUUCUUAUGAAUGAUUAACUGAAUAUGAGCAUACUUACAGAAUCUUUUCAACUGAAAUUCUAAAAUAAUUGUUUCAAAAUCGUAAUUUAAUACUGUUACUGAAUGUUACCUCCAGACUACUACUGAAGAUGCGUCAUCCAGACUUGGAAGGAAAUUAUGGUUUUCAGUUACAUUUCCUGUCUCCAGGGGCUGAUUUUAAUCUCUGUAUUACUGUCAAUCUUCUCAUUACCCUUGUAUUCUUUAAGUAAUGCUUAAAGGUCUGAAACUUUUAAUUAGCUUCUAUAGACAAGAGAAGGCAAGAGGAAUCUCAAAUAAAUCUAAAAAGAUAAUGUUUCUUUCUAGUUUAACAUUUUACUUAGCUGUAACUGAAAAUGUAAAAAAUACAUGGAAAAAUAUAUUUUUGAAUAAAGCAUUUUGAUCACCUCUUAAACUAUGUGCAAUAUUAUUACAGAUGUCUUUUUCUAAUUGCUUUAGUUUUUUUAUCAUGAACUUGGAGUCUCACAGCAAUCAUGUAAAACUUGACACAUACCAGCUUCUUUUUGUAAGGAUGCAACACCAGCACUCAAAAUAUAUUACAUAAUACAGUUUUAAUGAGUUGUAAUAGUUAUAACAAAGGUUGUGAUAUAAGUCUUUACAAAUCAGUAUAUCAAGAUAUGAUGAAAAAGGAAGAAAUGUUUGCCUUAUAUGUGGUUUUCACAUGAAGUGUGUUCUUUGCUCUUGUCUAACUUUAACCAGGGCAGGUGAUAUAUCCAAAAGUGGUCUUAUCCAAUAGCCUGAUUUCAGAAGCUUCUUCAGAUUUGACCAUGUAUGUCUCAUAGUAUUGAGCUUUAUCAAUAAACACCAUAGUAAAUGCA